GCGGGGAGCUCGGCCGUGAGCCGCCGAGCGGCGCUCGCUAUAACCGCCGUGACGUCGGCGUGACGCGAGCGCGUAGCGUGCGAGUGACGUGGUCCCGGGCAGGCGGGCGGGGCCGGUUUGAACGCGGAGGAGACGGGCGCGAGCGGGGGCAGAAAAUGGCAGUUAAUGUGUAUUCUACUUCAGUGACUAGCGAUAACUUGAGUCGACAUGACAUGCUUGCGUGGAUCAAUGAGUCUCUGCAGCUGACGCUGACAAAGAUUGAACAGCUAUGUUCAGGUGCUGCCUACUGUCAGUUCAUGGACAUGCUCUUCCCCGGUUCUGUAGCACUCAAGAAAGUGAAGUUUCAAGCAAAAUUGGAGCAUGAGUAUAUUCAAAACUUCAAGAUUCUACAAGCAGGUUUUAAACGAAUGGGUGUUGACAAAAUAAUUCCUGUGGACAAACUAGUGAAAGGAAAAUUUCAGGACAACUUUGAAUUUGUUCAGUGGUUCAAAAAAUUUUUUGAUGCAAACUAUGAUGGGAAGGAGUAUGAUCCCGUUGCUGCUCGACAAGGCCAAGAGACAGUAGCACCAAACCUCGUUGCUCCAGUUGUGAACAAACCCAAGAAAGCUCUCAGUUCUAGCAGUGCAGCCCCACAGAGGCCCAUUGUUACACAGAGAACUGCAGCAACUCCAAAAGGUGGUACUGGAAUGGUCAAAAAGGCUCCAGGAGAUGACGAAUCGGCAGGAUUGAUUGAGCAGAUCAAUGUAUUGAAACUCACUGUUGAAGAUUUGGAGAAGGAGAGAGACUUCUACUUUGGCAAACUGAGAAACAUUGAAUUGAUCUGCCAGGAGAAUGAAGGGGAGAAUGAUCCAGUGUUGCAGCGGAUUGUGGAAAUUCUUUAUGCCACAGAUGAAGGCUUUGUGAUACCUGACGAAGGAGCACCGCAGGAGGAACAAGAAGAGUAUUAACAGACCACAUACUGUACCAGCAGAGCAGCAACAUCAGAAUUCUUUGCCCCAGAUCAUGUGCUUAACUGUAAAAUACUCCACUUUAUUCUUAGAGGACUCACUGGUUUCUUUUCAUAAGCAAAAAGUACCUCUUCUUAAAGUGCACUUUGCAGAAGUUUCACUCUUUUUACAGUGGGUUUGAGUUAGGAGCUCUUUCUCACUUUGUAGCGGAGCAGUAUUCACAUCUAGUUGGUAUAUUUAGGGAGCAAGAGGCUGAAUAUUUGGAACUUGUUGCAGAAUGGUUUGCUGGUAAAACACUGGUUUGUGGAAAGACUCUUUUCUUGUAUCUAAGAUGGUGUGUAGUGGAGAAAUUAAAGACUCUGACUCACAGAAAGAUUGAGUUAAUGUGAAAUUGCAGCAGAGAAAUUAUAAUUAAAUGCCUUAAGAGUAUUUAAAAUAUGCUUCCAUAUGCCAAAUUGAAGUAAUGUGACAGGAGAUUUUAUGUGCUUCAUACCGGGGUAGACACUUGUUUGACUCCAUACACUGCUGUUUGAGAGGCCUUGCAUGGCAGCCGCCUUUGUCAGCAAGUGCUCAAAAGGGGCUAUUAAAUCAAAACUCCAUUCCUAUGUAAAGCUGCUUACUAAGUGAUUAGUUCUCGAUGAAAUAGGCCUUACUGUUGCCUGUCACAAGAUUAGAGGGAGUAUGAACAGCUGAGACACAUAAAUUACCUUGAAGAGCGCUAAAGCCUUUUUCUGUGGCAUUGUGGCUAAUGACUUUGCCAAAAUGUACUGUGUUUUCUGUAAAACAAAAAACAAACAAAAGGGCAUCUACUAUUAUUGCCUAAAAGUAAUUUUUUUCCUGGCUCUUGUUUCUCCUUGUCCUGUUUCUGUUUGUUUUUGUUGGUAUACCUUCUGGUAUCUCACUGGUUCUUUUCCCCAUUCCAAGGAGUGCUGGUCAAAUCAAAUGGUUGUAACAGAGUUUGCACUGUGCAACUAUCUUAAAAUGAAAGUGAAUCGAGCACAUGAGGAUAAACUUUCUGUGUGUUUUUUUUUUUUUUUUUUUUUUUUUUUUUUUUUUUUUUUUUAAAACCAGGGUGUAUCUAAUAAUACUUGCCAGUUCAGUAAUCUUCUGGGGUCAAAACUAAAAAGGUGCUGGCUAACAGAGCUAAUGUUAUUGCAGAAAAUACAGUACUGAGACUAACUUAAAUAUUAAUAUUUAAAGUACUUUCUUUAACUGUCUUUUUUUUCUUGCUAUCAUGCCCCUCAUUACUUUUGUGUUUGGCAAGAUCCUGCAAGACUUCUGAUCCCCCUUCACUACUGAGAUUGAUCAGUCCUGUUGUGCUUGUAUUCAUUUGUUUCUGGUGGUAGCUUGUCCUAAAAUGUGUGUAGGAGAGCAUUUUAUGGUAAUUGUUGUGUAGUGCAUGAAUCUUUGUGAAAUUCAGAGAAAAACCCAAAUUCAGUGAAUGCCAAAAAAUGCAAGUAUCUAGCCAUUGUUUAAAAUUGCAGUGGUGCUAUUUCUCUUGUGGCCUUUUAGACUUUUGUUGCCCUGAAACUCCAUUUUACUGAGAAACCAUAUUUGACUUGGAUUUUUCUUGACAGGGUUUUUCUAUUUUAAGCGGUUUCUAAAUAAAGUUCUGUAUUUCAAGAGUG